ACCUCCCCAUUUAUAUUCAUACCACUACCACCCUCCUCUCUCUCAUCCCCAUUUCAAUUUCAUUUCCAUCUUCCUUUCAAUACCCAAAUACCCACGCCAUUCAGAUCCGACCCGACCCACCAUGUUACAAAGAGAAAGAUCUCUCCCCGUCUCCCACCCCACCGGUUCACCCGACCCAUCCUCCGUCACCGCCGGCAUCCGCCGGCGACUCUCCUCGGUCUCCUUACGCAUCCACCCGUCCUCCAUCUCCGACACCACCUCCGCCGCAACCGCAUGGGCCAUGCGCCGAUCCAAAUCCGUUUCUUCAAUGGGUGAAUCCGCAUCCACCUCGAUCCGAAACUGGUGGGACUGGGGAUGGGGGUGGAUACUUUCUAGAAAACCCGUGUUUGGACCAGAUCUGGAGUUUAAUAAAAGCUCUAGCAACGGUAGCAAUGGUGGCAGCUGGAAGAGUGUUUUUUUAAAGGUAAGAUCCGAGAUCCGGAAGAUGGUUAGAUCCGAUAAAGUUGGGCUUCCUCAAACUGUUCGGUAUAAUUCCGGUAGUUACUCGAGGAACUUUGACGAUGGUAGCACCAGAUUCUGAAAUUGUUAAAAAUUGGGUGAUCUGUAAUCUGCAUUAUGUUGUUGUAUGAAAUGAAAUUCUUUUGUUUAGAGAGAGAAAAUGGGAGUAGAAUGUGCCGGAGAUACGAUUCCGGUGGCUGUCGUCGGUGGGUAUGGGUUUUACUUUUACUGUUGUGGUAAAAGUUAUUUUGUAAAAUUGGAUUAUUAUGUAAUUUUUAAUUUUUGUUAAUUGUUAUAUAUGAAAUUAAUUAUUGUAUUGUUUCUUUAAAGUUGUGGUGGUCCAUGUUUUAUGGGCUUUAAAUUUUUA